AUGGUCUUCAUACCAGUCGGCGUACACGAUCCCCUCCGGGCGGCCUUCAGCAACGGAUGGGACAACUGGCGAGAUGGUGCCCCAGUCGGACCUGCGCCUCACACGCUUGAGCCAACCGCUCACGCCUGUGAGAUUCUCGAGGACUUCAAAUCCAGAGACGGCCAUAAAAUUCACUACAAGAAAGGCAUGCAAGGUUGUUAUCUAGCUGAGCACAACAUGACAGAUGGCACACGCAUUGCGCAGAUCUUCAUCCACGGGGUGACUGAAUGGGGCCCCGGGCCUGGUGAGAGAAAGGCAUGGGUCCCGUACGACAAGAUCAAGAUCGGUCCGGAAUGGAACACCAACCUCAAAGACUGGGCUAUCACCGUGGACGCGUUGUCAGGUUUGGGUGCUGUUCGAUGGAGGACUCCACCGUCGGUGGGGUCCGACAUAGUUGCUCAGAGCGUCACCAUGCUGAUCCAAGCCUUCAUCGACACACCUGCGGAUUUCAUGUGUGGUGCUUUCGAGAGCUUGGUUGCCGAUUAUACGGUGGCUGGUCUUUCCCAGAUCAUCUUGGGUGGCAUGAAGGAUGCAGGAGUGUAUGAAACCAUGUUUAAGGCAAACUACACCUCCAUGGAACUUCUCGGCACCGCUCGUUACCAGAUUAAUGCCUCCAAAGGCUACAACAAGACAGGCGUAUACAUGCGGAUGCAGACAUCGACAGCUAACGCAAAGUACUGGAAGCGAAACACCAAGUAUGCCUACGUGGGUAAGACAGAGGAAGAUUUCAGAUCCAGGUUCUUAAGCCACCCUCGUGGGACGAACAAGUAUUCAAUCCUGAAUCAGAAUUCAACAACUCUGACUUCAUUCGCUCUCUGCGUCUUGAGCAAAAAGCACCCAACCAAGCUCUUUUACCUCGCAGAGCAGGUUCUUCUAUGUUUGCUGGGAACCUAUCGGUCAGAGAUCCUAAACGCAGUUUCUUACAUGAAUCAGACUACGAUUGAAGAUCAGAGUUCUCAGUUUCUAUCCGACAUAGCAGCUGCCUCGUAUUGUCUAAAGGUCUCCUCCAAGGUCUUUCAGCAAACCGGCUACGUACCAGCUCUCAUGCGCCCAACCUUCGGGAUCAGUGAGGGAGCGAAUACGCGUUCCCCCAUCGACGAAAUGGAAUCUAGAUUAGACAAGAUGCUUUUCAUACGUACAGAUCAUGUCUUGCAAGACUAUCACACCAGAAAGCCAAUCGAGGUGGCUGAAUUCCGCCGUCAUGUCCCGAGAGUAGCCAACUAUAUCGAUCACCUCUUCGUGAAAGGUGGCAGAAGCAUAUUUGCGGUCCUCAAGGUCCCUCCCAAGUUCGAAAGCGACAACAAAAAACAGAAGCGACUGAUUCAUGCGGUCCAUGUUAGUGCUCCUAUCGGCAGCACCGAUGGAAUCAACUACCCCAAACCCGGUGCCGGUGUGCAAGUUGUUGUCGAAGCUCGACUAGAUGGCAAGGCCCAUAAGAACUCAUGGGCACGACUUCCUCAAGUCGGCAUAUUCAAAAAUUGGGAUCAGGCAAAUUCUUUUGCUGUGCGGAUUGAAUGGGAGACAGAAGAAGGUUCAGGCGUAUGGAGAUACCGAUACAUUCAAUGUACCAAGUACCUUCACACGAUGGCAGAUAGCGGCGUGCCUGGCUCAGUGCUACGGUACGCCAAGGGCAUCGCCAUCGUACAUUGGCUGUUUGGUGUGCAACCGAGCUGGAACGAGAGUUGGAUCAAGAAGCCAGGAGGACGAAUGCGGGUUCUGCAGGCAGAGUACAACUUGAUGACACAAUCGGUUCGAUUUAUUCGUCCGACCAAGCCAUAUAACGUCUUGUCGUUUGCCAGGAACUCGAGUCACAACAUCGCUAUGCAGAUGGAUCGUUUCAACGUGGCAGGAAGGCGAGAAGACUGCAAAAGCCAGAGAGCGCGCCAGCACUGCGACCUCUGCCUUUUCCUGACAUCGAUGAUUGGAAACUCGGUUUCGAAAAUCUGUACAAAGGAAGGGAAAGACAAGAGAAUCUGUACCGAGUGCCGCGAAUGGGGCCUGCCCUUUUGCUCCUGGACAUCAUGGCUCCGAAGCUAUAUAGCUAUGCAGGGUCGUAAUGGUCCUGACCCUACCGAGGAAGACUGGGUACUCUACAGGAGAGUUGAAGCCGCUCUUUAUGCUUCACCCCCAGCAGACACCACAGGGUUGACCAUCGAGCAGGAUUUGGUGUCGCUGCAAGAUGCUGCUGCAGACGACGGAAGCGACGAUGAGGAUAUGGAUGAUCUGGAAAUCGCUGAAGAUGAUGUCAUGGAGUGA